UCUUUCCGUUUGCACCUCCAUGUCAUGUGGCCACAAGUUAUAUAAUUUAUGUUGAACAAACAAGUUUCUCUGUCAUUGGUGUAUUUCUCAUUAGUCUAUUGUAUGCAAUGCUUUCAAACACCCCACGAGCCCCAAACACCACUCCUUUCUCCGCACUUGAAUUAUUACAAACUCCCUGCACCUCUUUUUCAAGCCCCAUUCAAACUUGUUCCCAGUGCCAUCACCCCCACAUUAUUAUCUUCCACACACCUUAUCUUUCUUUAACUACUCCUCCACCUCAUUCUUCAUCAUUUGCUCUGUAAAGAAUAAGUCCAUGGCACUCGAAGCAUGGCUACUCAAGGUGAAGAAGAGGGUAUCAAGCACUCUCAAUUCCACACCUGCAAACACCAAGCAUAUGGUUAAGAAAACGUCGAAUGUCGGAGUCUUGGCCUUGGAGAUCACAAGCCUCAUGUCCAAACUCAUACACCUAUGGCGAUCCCUGUCUGAUAAGAAUAUAGCUCAUCUUAGAACAGAAUCUGUUUCACUCGAAGGCGUUCACAAGAUUGUGUCCAGUGAUGAAUGUUUUCUUCUGAGCCUUGCUUGCGCGGAGAUGGUGGAGAAUCUUGGACUACUAGUCAAGUCCUUGUCGGUGAUGAGCAAGCGGUGCCAUGACUUGAAUCUUCAGUCGUUUGAUCGCUUGUUUGAUGAGUUCGCUAGAACAGGGUGUGAUCCUUGUCACUGGAUCAUGAGCUGGAGAGAUAUGGAAGCCAAAAUCAGGAAAAUGGACAAGUAUGUCAAAACAACAGCGACGCUUUACAAAGAGCUGGAGGAGCUUUCUGCGGUGGAAAAUGUUGUGAAGAAAUCGUUGAAGUCGUGCAAGGAACACGAGGCGUCAAUCAAGCAGCUUAAGAUCAUUGAUCAACAGCAGAAAUUAGCUUGGCAGAGACAGGAGGUCAAGUAUAAGAAGGAGAAGUCUUUAUGGAAUCGGAAUUUUGAUAAAGUUACAAUCCUGCUCGCAAGAUCAGUGUUCACGGUUCUUGCACGGAUCAAGCUUGUUUUUGGAACAGGCCAUGCAAAUACAAUUCCAGUCACUUCUCUGCCUCGAAGCCUCUCUGCUUCCGCAGCUGUCUAUCCAUCUGAAAACCAUUUUGAUAAUUCUGUCAGCAUGGUUUCUGGACCAUUGAUCAUGAUCAAGAACACGAAGCAACAAGAAAAAUCACCAGGAUUAUUUGAAUUAAACUCUAAGAUAAUAAAACCACCGACAGGUACACUAGGCGCGGCUGCUCUAGCUCUACAUUACUCAAAUUUGAUCAUUGUGAUGGAGAAGAUGAUAAGGUCACCACACUUGGUUGGAUUUGAUGCAAGGGAUGAUCUCUACGCGAUGCUGCCACAAAGCAUUAGGUGGUCACUCCGAGGAAGACUAAAAGGGGUAGGAUUCGCGGCUACUGAUCCAGUUCUUGCUGGAGAAUGGAAAGAUGCUUUAGGGAAGAUACUAGGCUGGUUGUCACCCUUGGCGCAUAACAUGAUAAAGUGGCAAAGUGAAAGGAGCUUCGAGCAGCAAACUAUGACCCCGAAGACGAAUGUUCUUUUGUUGCAAACACUCUAUUUUGCCAACCAGGAGAAGACUGAAGAUGCCAUAACUGAGUUGCUGGUAGGUCUGAAUUACAUAUGGAGAUUUGAAAGAGAGAUGAACGCCAAGGCCGUAUUACAUUGUGAUGACUUUAAUAGAUUCGUAAAAUUACAUGAUUGUGCUAGCUAAUUUUGAGCGGAUGAGCCGGAGUCGAAAGUGUCUUGGGACAACAGAGGAUAAACCCACCACUUGGGCUAUUCAAGUGCUCUUCUUCGCCAUGUUUUAAUCCCGUUGGUAUUGUUUUUCACUUGGUUUUUUUUUUAGUUCUGAUGGUUAUAAGUUGAUACCAUCAUCUUGUUCUUAGUGUUAUUUGAUAGAUUGAAGUCAUAGGAUCAGAUCUGCGAGGUUUUGUUUUGCCUUCAAAUCUGAUCUGUAUGUUGUAAUUAUAUAAUGUUUAUAUUUUAUAUAUAAGACAUGAUUGAAUCAAAUAUUCAAUAGAACAUUUUCGUUCA